ACAGUGUCCUCAACAUGAUCAGAAGCUUAGUCAGUAUGGAGACAGAAGUCACUGAAAUCCUGAAGAGGAUAGGAAAGCCCUUGUUAUGCCUCCUACCUGAUGACAUCAAGCUACUUUGUAACUUAGUUAGCUUUUUGGAAGACUUUGAGAAAUUCACUCUCAUUGUAAGUGAAGUCAGUCCAAACCUGAGUGCCAUACCACUAAUCAGGGCUCGAAUCAAGAAAAUCUGUGCAGUGGCUCCCAGAGAUCCACUACUGAUGAAGAGAGUCAAAGAACGAAUAGUGAAAAACAUGGACAAACGAAUCCCCAUGUCAGAUCUGGUUAGAGCCACAGCAGUGUUUGAUCCAGCUGUCAGAGAUAUCACUAUGACGAAAGAUGAAAGCAGAGAGCUGCUGCAGAAUCUCCAUGAGAAACUGAACUCCUCCAGAUUCAGUUCAACAGUGUUUGGGGUUGGAGAUGAGAGGACAACUACUGAUGGUGGUUCUGGAGGUCCUUCUGGUGGGAAUGGUGACCACGAUGGAGAUGUGGGAGGAAGUGCGAAACGCCUGCGACUAGAAUUAUUAGCAGAGCCACAAGAAAAUGCAGUAGCUCAUUCUUCAAGUUCUAUCCUUGACCAAGAGAUAGAUGCUUUUCUGGCAGUGAGAACAAGAGACCAAGGAGCAUUGGACUUUUGGCGAACCCAUAGCAAUACUUUCCCCACACUGUCUGCUAUGGCCCGGUGCUACCUCUCCAUUUCACCAGGUAGUGUGCCGGUGGAAUGCAUGUUUAGUUCCACUGGCCUACUGCUCAAUGGCAAACGAUCAUCACUUGCUCCUUCAAGGUGUAAUAUGAUAAGCUUCAUCCAUGAUAACGCCAAGUUUACAACUUAGCCUACAUACAUUUAGCCUAAACACAACACAUUGUAGGCUAUUUGAAAAUGUUUAGUAGCAUACAGACUACAAAAUAAAUAUGUGCAUACGUUGUGAAAGUAAAAUCUGGUGUUUUCUUUAUUAUAUUGCAUUGCAUUUUGUAGAAAUAUAGUGUAAGCCAUGCAUUGCUUGGAAAGAUUGAGAUCUAGUUAAUCAGUAUAACAUAGACAUCUGUAGACAUGAAGUGGCAGC